AUGGCAAUAAAUCCAGCAAAAAAUGAAAGCAAAGCCAAUCAACAUGCAGCUGGUGCAAGAUUUCGUCAAAGAAAAAUUUCAGUCAAGCAACCAUUAUCAAUUCAUAAACAAAGAGAUCUACCUUCAUUAGAUGCUUCAGAACUAGAGCCAAGUCAAAUACAUCAUUUAAAUUCAAAUAACAUUGGACAACCACCUCGAGAUAUUAAUGCUGUGGAUACUGGAGUUGAUAAAAACGAAGAAGAUGAAGUUCAUUUACAACAAGUAAUAAAUGCAGCUCAAAAGGCAUUAACAAGUAACAAAACAAGUAAUAUGUACAUACCUACUCCCGAUGCAUCAAAAAUUUGGACAGAAGCUUCAAAAUAUUAUGACGAUCAAAAAUUUAAAGAACCAGAGUCAUAUAUUAAAUUUAGUGCGACGGUUGAAGAUACAGUUGGAGUUGAAUAUAAUAUGGAUGAAGAAGACGAAGAAUUUUAUAAUAACAAUCUAAAAUCUAAAUGUACAGAAUUGGAAUUUGAAACAAUGUGUGAUAGAUUGGAGAAAACUAUUGAAGCAAGACAACCCUUUUUAUCAAUGGAUCCAACAAAUUUAUUACCAUACGAUGAAAUGCUAAUGUAUUUAACUGCUGAAAAUAAUCAUAACACUGAAUAUUUAUCAACCAUCACUCUAAAAGAAAAAUUAUCAAAGGAAAUAAAUUAUAAACCCUUUACUACAAUAUUUGAUAAGGAUCAAGAUCAUACUUCACAAAUACGUCCAAUAUCUAAAUUAUUUGAUUUAUAUGGAAAAACAGUAUAUUCUUAUUGGAGAAAAAGAAAAAUUGCAAGAAAAGGUAGAUCUAUUCAACCAACUUUAAGAUUUGAAGAUCCUAAUGCAAAUGAAAAAGAUAAUGAUAAUGAUCCAUAUAUUUGUUUCAGAAGAAGAGAAUUCAGACAAGCAAGAAAAACAAGAAGAGCAGAUACAGUUGGAGCAGAACGUAUAAGAUUAUUGCAAAAAUCGCUACAUCGUGCUAGAGAUUUAAUAAUGAGUGUUUGUGAACGUGAAAUUUUAAAUUUAGACAAUUUGCUGGCAGAUUUGGAUAUUUUUAAAUUAAGGUCAGAAACUAAGAACGUUAAAAGAGAACUUGGAAUCAAAGGUGAUGAUUAUCUAUUUUUCCCACAUAAGAAAAGAAAAAUUGUUAAAGCAAAAGAGGAUGAUGAUAAGAAAAAAGAACGAAAGAAAACAGAAUCAACGACUCAAGAAUCUCAACAAGCACAACAAAAUUCAACACAACAAUCAACUGCACAAAAUCCUGCCGUUUCAGAACCAGCACCAAACCAACCAUAUGUCAAAUUACCACCUGCAAAAAUUCCAGAUAUGGAGCUUGUUACUGUUUCAUUGGUUUUACGUGACAAAAAUGAUACUAUAAAACGUGCUGUUAUGGAAAAACUCAAAAAAAGGAAGGAACCUGACAAGGGUUUCAUCAAUCUUACUGAUGAUCCAUUUGAACCCUUAUUUGAUAUCUCGACUAACAAUGAUUUGGUUGAAUCUAAUCAUAUACCAUAUUCAUCAAUUGCGGCAACUAAUUUUCAUCAAUUCAAUACUUCAAAUUAUUUAAGCGAACCAUUAAAAUCGUUAAUUGAGGGUAACAAACCUUUACCUGGCGUAAAGACAAUAAAAGGAUCAAAUGGAGAAAUUAUACCUACCAAAUCAUUUCCACAUAUUACAUCCCUUUUGCAUGACAAAAUUUCUAAUAAUGAAUAUAAUUCCACAAGCUAUAUCGCAAAAUUGUUGAAGAAUAUUGAAAAUAAUAAUUAUGACAAUUAUACUCAUGGUUUCAUUAAGGACAAUAAACUGGUUGAUAAAAGUAAACUUUCAGAGCCAAUAUUUAGACUUCGUAAAAGAGUUGCUCGAGCUCAUAGGACAUUUAUAGAUAGAAGAGGACAACAAACUUCAAACAUACUUGAUGAGUUGGUGAGUUUUUCUGGAGAAGAAGAUGAAUCAGAAGAGGAAGAAAUACCCAAUGUUUAUGAAAGUAAGGUUGAUACAUGGAAGAGAUUGAAAUCAAAUUGGAGAUUUGAUGAUGAUUUAUCUAGUUAUCAAAAAGGAACAUUGGAUCCAUUUAGUCUUGAUCCAUCAAAACUUAACAAUAUAAGCGAGGAUACUCAAGCAAUUAGGUUUGGCUCGAUGUUACUUUCAAAGUCAUAUAGUUUACUCAAAGAAUCAGUUCAGCAAAAGCAACAAUCAUUUUUACAACUGGCAAGAAUGAGAGCUCUACAACAGCAGCAGCUUAAACAACAACAUCAGAAACAACAACAGCAGCAGCAGCAACAACAACAACAACAACAGCAACAACAACAGCAGCAGCAGCAACAACAAAUACAUCAACAACAACAACAACAACAACAACAACAACAGCAACUACAACAACAACAACAACGCUCAACCCAACAAUCUCCACAACAACAGCUGCCUUCUCAAGCUCAUCAAAUUAAUUCGACUCAAGUUCAACAACAGCUGCCUGUUCCACAAUAUCAACAACAAAUGAGUGUUCCUGUUCCAUCUCAAAAACGAACUUCUUCCUCGUUUCAACACAAGACAAAACCAUUAUCACCAGCUCAAAACUCCAUCAACCAACCUUCUCCUCAGGCAAUUCAUUGA